CGCCGCCGCCGCUGCCAGGUCUUGGCUCUGGCCAGCUCUCGCAGCCCUCCGGCUACUCUCGCUGCGGUCCCCAAGGAGGCAGAUGGUGUCCUUGACCAUGGGGACAGCUGAUAGUGGUGAACUGGCCCCAGAGGCUCCACAGCCCACCCACAUCAACGUGCACAUCCACCAGGAGUCGGCCCUAGCCAAGCUCCUGUUGACCUGGUGCUCUGCCCUACAACCCUCAGCCACCCAGCCCAGGGGCAGCAACCGCCUGCUGGUGGCCUCAUGGGUGGUACAGAUCGUGCUGGGGAUCUUUAGUUGGGUCCUAGGAGGAUUCCUCUACCUCUGCACUUACUCCAUUGUGGUGGGCUCAGGAGCUGCCAUCUGGACAGGGGCUGCGGCUGUGCUGGCUGGAACUGUUUCCUUCAUUUGUGAGAAACGGGGUGGAAUCUGCUGGGCCCUGCUGAGGAUCCUGCUGGCACUGUUAGCUUUCUCUACGGCCAUUGCUGCCAUCGUAUUUGGGGCUAAUUCGUUAUAUGACGGCUUCUAUUAUGACUAUGAUAGCUGCCGUUUGUCCUCCUCGGGGGACUGGUACACCCCACUCCCCAGCACUGUGAGUCCAGAAGAAGCCAGAAGGCUACACCUAUGCAACUCCUACCUGGACAUGCUGAUGGCCCUGACCAUCAGCCUUACGAUCAUGCUUAUGGGUAUCUGGAUUCUGAUGCUUCUGGCAUCUCUGGUCCCUCUGUGGCUUUACUGCUGGAGAAGAUUCCUAACUGAGGAGAAAACAGACCAGAAGAAGCUGUUGGGAGUGAGUGAGAUCGAGCCUUGCCUGUCCUGAUAACUCGUGCCUGGCACUCCCUCGGCACGGGGCCUGCCUGCAUCUGACUCCUGGAAGAAGAACCCGACUGGGGAAGAGUGGCUCUUCCACAGCUCCAGUUAUCCCCCUGGCGUGACCACGGCCACUGCCCUGCUCCACCCACCACAGCGAGGGUGCUUGCCCCUUCCUUGCUCCCCUCCCCCAUGCUGUGCCGCUUCAUGUCCUCUCCUGAGCAGUCAUUUGAUAAUAAACCUUCAUGUUAUUGUUCGCAGCUA